AUGUCCGAGUAUAUCAAGCAAACCUACGGCGAAGACAAAUGGGAAGAAAUACGAAGAGCUGCCGGUGUGGAGCAACCCAGCUUCAGCACCCAUCAAGUCUAUCCGGAAGGUCUGAUACCUCGACUGUCGAAGAAAGCUGUGCAGAUCCUCCAAAUCACCGAAAAAGAGUUCUUCGACAAGAUGGGCGUGUUCUUCAUCAGCUUCGUCAGCCAGUACGGCUACGACCGGGUGCUGUCCGUGCUGGGCAGGCACAUGCGGGAUUUCCUCAACGGUCUGGACAAUCUGCACGA